GGAGCAUCCACAGAGAGCAGACACCCCAGGAGGUCACCCAGCCGCUCUCCAGAAACUGCUGAAGGCGGUAUUAUUAAAUGCACCAUCUGGAGGCCGAGUGAGACUCUUUCUUCUGCACAGAUCGACCUGAGCCACAGAAGCAUGUCUCUCGAGGUGAAGGAGAAGACCCAGGUGCGACUGGUGUUCCUCGGGGCGGCGGGAGUGGGCAAGACAGCGCUGAUCCAACGCUUCCUCCUGGACAAAUUCGAACCCAAACACCGCCGAACGGUGGAAGAGCUGCACAGCAAGGAGUACGACAUCGGUGGAGUCAAAGUCACCGUUGAGAUCUUGGACACCAGCGGCAGCUACUCCUUCCCAGCCAUGCGCAAACUCUCCAUCCAGAACAGCGACGCCUUCGCUCUGGUGUACGCCGUGGACGACCCCGAGUCCCUGGAGGUGGUGAAGAGUCUUCGGGAUGAGAUUCUGGAGAUCAAGGAGGACAAGUUCACCCCCAUCGUGGUGGUGGGGAACAAGGUGGAUCAGGAGGAAACGCGGCAGGUGUCCAGCGAGGACGUGCUGUCCACCGUGGAGAUGGACUGGAAUAACAGUUAUGUGGAGGCUUCUGCCAAGGAGAACUCCAACGUGGUGGAGGUGUUCAAGGAGCUCCUGCAGCAAGCCAACCUGCCGAGCCGCCUCAGCCCGGCCCUGCGCCGACGCAGGGAGACCUUCCCCAACGAGGAGAACUUCCGGCCGCCAAUGAACAAGACCAACAGCUGCAUUCUCUCAUGAACUUUGAAGGAUGACACGGCAGCUCAGAACCAGGCGUCUCUGACAGUCAUUCAGGCGGAGCAGCGGUAGACUUGAUCCGAGAUGGACAGAAGUGAACACAAGAGGACUUCAACUGAAUUAAUAUAAACAUGAAGCUGAAUUAACUGUAGAUAUUCAUGAGCUAGUGUUGGUGUCAGUAUAGAUAUAUAUGUAUAAAUAAACAACCAAUGAAAGUCUUGUAUUUAACUGUCAUGUGCUCUGUCAGAUCUGUAUCACACAUGUAAGUGCACAUCAUCUCUGUCGAUAUUUGGUUUUAAACAUGCGAGUGUAUAUUUCUUUUUCUGUACAGUGAAUUCAAUGCACCGUUUCAUAUGAAAAAAAAAAUGCAUCACAUUUCAAACAAUUAAAAUAAA